CUUUGGGGUCUUUAAUAUAAUACAAUAUAAUAUAAUAUACAUAUAAACAACAACACUAAUAUCAAAAUGGAAAACCCUUACGCGUGUCACAGUGCUUCACUUGGUGGUGUUCGCUACACUCCUCCUUCACCUUCAGGCCUCUUUGAUGUAUCCUUCAAAGACAUACCAAAACCAAAACCCACAAAGACAUCAUCUUUUAAAAAGCCAGCACCAUCAUCCUUACCAUCAUCACCAUCAUCAUCCACACCUAAACCAAGACCAAGCCAAAAUUCAACCCAAAACCCAAAACCAACCAACACAAAGUCGGCCCGCAACCCUCAUUUGACACGCCUGUCCCACCCGAGCAGCAGCGUCACGCGCUCCCAGACUCUUCGGUCCCCAACCGAUCCUGGCCUGCUGCGUCUAAACAACAAGACAGACCUCACCAGGAAAAAGAAGUCAUCCCAAAAGGAACCCCCGGUUGCCUGGACAACCGCGUCCACCCUAGAACCCUCAGAACAGUCGCCAUGGACACGUGCAGAUGUCAUUCAUGCCAUAAAACAGCACCAUCUACAACAAAUCAAAGCACUCGACUCACUCAUCACCAUCCCUCACACCAAAACCAUUGACGACAAUAAAAAACCAUGCUUGGUAUUACCAACUCUAGAACAGGCUUUUGGCGAACUCCAGGUCACCAGCGCCCACCUCAUCGAACAACAACUGAUGGUCAUCACUCAAACCCUUCAGAGAGACAGCCAAACAAUCGCUGCCGCAAACAUUGAAUUGAAAAACCAGGUCAGCCAACUGCAGCACAGCCACGUGGCCUUAAAAGACCAGGCUGCUCAUCUCCAGGCUGCCCUCACUCAGGCACAGCUUGAAACCCAGCGCACCAGGUCCUCAUUACGCGCAGCAAUCGAUGCACAAACAAAAGCCGAAGACGACCACGAACGGUUACGCAUGGCCCACGCCAAGUCCGAAUGGGACCUUUUAGACACACGCAAAACCUUGUCUCAAUACAAAGCCUGCUUUGGCGCUCUUGUUCCUCAGAAGGGUAACACAGGCGGACCACUACAAUACCAACAACAGUCAAAAGGUGACCAGAAAUCAUUGUUGGACGAAGCACGACAGUCCAACGCAGAACUCAAAGCCCGGAUUGUGACACUCGAGGAGAAACAAAUUGAACUCGAACAAGAGUGCAUGGCCCUGAUGGAUGACAUGUUUGAUCUCGAACGAGACCACGGGGUACUGCCAGCAUCACAAUCAUCAAGAACUGUUGAUGAUAGCCGUCAACAGAACCAGCUCGAGCGUUACAGACUCCAGGCCGAAACUCACCACAAGCGAUACCUUGCGCUUGAAGAAUCCACAAAGGCCAAGAUCGAUGCCUUACAGACCGAGCUAGCCGAAACAGAGGCUCUUUUGGAAUCCCGGAUCUUAGUUGAGGCCGAGUUGGAAACAUCCUUGGCAAUCGAGCGCCGGAGGGCUGACCAACUGGCCGAAAAGAAACACUUGAGCGAAUGGCUGCCCCUCUCUCCGGUAUCCCUCUCCUUCUCCCAGAGCACAGAAUCUCUUCAUGAAUCAGCAGUACUGUAUUGUGAGAUCUGUGAGGUCGAAGGCCAUGAUGUAUUAAGUUGCACUGCUCACCGUUCAGACUAUGACAUUCUUGAACAACUGUAUUGUGAAAACUGUGAUUUAUAUAACAUUCACUCUACUCAUGACUGUCCUAACCACGACGAGAUGUUCUAA